UUCCAACCCUGGCCAUUCUGUGAUUUGUUUUUUUUUUUUUGAGGUUCUUCUAGGAAGUACUAGUCACCGGGUCUUGCCUCCUUAGGCAUUGUGAAAGAAGUCUGCACAUGACAGGAAUGAAUACCAUGGUGUUUUGGGUGUAUUUCCAGACCGAGCACACAGAACAUACUCUACCUUGAAGGCAGAAUUCAGAAGCUUCUUUGUACAUUUUUGUGUUGACAUUUUGUGUUAUGCUACCAAUUUUUUAAUAGCACGACACCUCACAAAUUCCAAACUUGACAGAACAAGGCAACAUCUGAGAUGAGUGGUAUCACUUACAUUUUCCUAGAGGUUCUCAACUGUCUACUUUCAACUUUUUAGCUGUCACUCCACUCUUAGAGAUGUAUGGUUGUGUGGAAUGUAUAGCGACUUGGAGAGCAGAUUCUCUUCUUGCUGGGUGAGAAAUGAGUCCUUUUAGUCUUUUGAGGCUGCUCAUCUGUAUAUGUGGUCUCUUCCAGCCAAUCUGUCAAAGUUGCAGCUUGAGGUCUCUGACUGGUGGGGAAAGGGGCUCAGACUGAGGUGGUUAGAAGCCCACAUUCAAGCAGCUUAAUGAGAGAGCACAAGCUAAACUGGCCUGUUUGGUAUAACAGAAAAUUCAGACAUGAAGACUAGCUGCAUAAUCUUGACAUCAUGGUAGUGAGUUGUUGUCAGUGUAUUACUGUAAGCAGUAUACAGGAGAAAGCAUUUGUUACUUUCAUUGACAUAAUGGCCCAGUUAGUGUCCAUCUGUGAGCUUCACCAAUGGGGGGCUUAUCAGUGAGUCUUCUGCCUUAGACAUGCCAUGAAGAUCAUACAGUUCACAAAGCAUCUCAGCAUAUCAUGUAGUAUCUGCUAUACUACAGGCAGAAAGAGCUGAUCAGUAGAAUUAUCAUAAAUCAAUGUAUUUAUGCAAUUAGAUUGCCUAUGAUCUUUACUGAAAGCAAGUGAAAUUUCUGUGUUGCCUGUAGCUCUGUAUUUUCAAGAUCAAUCGAGAUGAAUCAUGACCACUGCUGUAUCAUGCUAUAAAGGUCUUGGAGGUAGAAGGAGGAGAUUAGUUUCAGAAGAGGAGAGUAGACUAUGGAUCAAUUCCCUGAUGUCUGCUGUGCCCCAGAGGUGAGUCAGGUCACUACCUCUGGACUCUGUUAGCCUCUUUCCACAGGAAGCCUUAAGUCACCCCUUUCUUUUUGCUCCAUGGGUCUUUUAAAUACUUUAGUAGGGAUUCAUGAUCUCUGCUCCUCUAGCCUGGACCAGUCAGGGCUUGCAUCCCUAGCAGGCUGGAGGUACGCCUCUGAGGCUGCUGGAACUUCCUGCUGUCUCUGAAGAUUCACCCAAGAUUACAGGAGUCUGGAACUUAAUCUGGUCCACUGAGUCUGCAAAGGAGCACAAUGACCUUCACACACCCUACCGCACCUGCACCUUCACUUGUGAUCCCUGCUCAUGAUCUGUGGGCAAUACAACCCCUCACACCAGGGCACUGUACCCAGAGAGGGUGAGUGUGUGGGUGUGUGAGGACUGGUGGGGCCUGGGCUUGCUGAUAUUGUUGGAUCCAACAGAUCAGGCAAUCACUUGCAGGCUGUUGCAUGUGUUAAGAAACACCUCUCCUCUCUCUUCUUUUGUUUUCCAGUCAGCAUGACUAAGCAUGUACUCUUUGGUCACUGUUCACUGAAAGCCAUUCCAACAGAUCAAUGAGUAGCCAGAUUGUAAAACUUAACGAGUCAGAGGAGCAGAUAGAGCCACAGAUUGACAGCGUAUGUUUCUUAAGCAGCUUGCAAAUAAUGUGUUUUGAUACAUCAGCUGAGCUCUAAAGAGUGUUAAUAUAAUUCAGCAAAGACUUUGUGUUCCCACGGCCCUGCCAUUUUGAGUUCGGGAACUGCUCGUCCCUUCUCUUUUGCUCCCACAGUGCCCCUGAGAGCUGUAGGUUUGGAAGGCAGCUUCCCAGAGAGGAGGGAAGAGGGGCGAGCUUCCAGCCAGGGCUUGAGCCUUCUUUCCGUGGCAUUGAGGCCAGCCAUCAAUGGGCUAUGAAAAGGGUGGGAUGAGUGUGACAAAGGGUCUGGGAAAACAGUAAGCUGUAAAGACCUCAGCAGAUGGGUGGCUCACUUUCUUGCUGGCACUUUAGAUGUGUAAGGGGUGGGACUCUGAGCUCAGCUGCUUGGCUAAAUGCUGGAGCUAAGCGCUUGCAGAAGCACUUUGUAAGAUCAGCUUCUAGGGCAUUGGACAGGACUGUGGUAUCAGCAGCUUGACCGGCACAAGAAACCCGUGGGAGCAAGAUUCAAAACAGACCUGCCAGCCAACAUGAGCACAGUGGGCAAAGUUAUUAAAUGCAAGGCAGCAGUAUUGUGGGAAGCAAAUAAACCAUUUUCUCUUGAGGAAGUGGAAGUUGCCCCACCAAAAGCACAUGAAGUUCGUAUUAAGAUUGUAGCCACAGGGAUCUGUCGCUCUGAUGACCAUGUGGUGACUGGUGUACUGACUAUGCCUUUUCCAAUCAUCCUUGGGCACGAGGCAGCUGGUGUUGUAGAAAGCGUUGGGGAGAAAGUAACUUCAUUAAAGCCAGGAGACGCAGUUAUUCCACUCUUUGUUCCACAGUGUGGGGAGUGCAGAUCUUGCUUAAGCACCAAGGGCAAUCUGUGCAGUAAAAAUGAUAUUUCUUCUUCACCUACUGGAUUAAUGGCUGAUGGCACCACGAGGUUUACCUGUAAAGGGAAAGCAAUUCAUCAUUUUAUUGGUACAAGUACAUUCACUGAAUACACGGUAGUACAUGAAACUGCUGUGGCCAAAAUUGAUUCUGCAGCUCCUCUGGAAAAAGUUUGUCUGAUUGGCUGUGGAUUCUCAACUGGUUAUGGAGCUGUUCUGCAGACUGCCAAGGUAGAAGCAGGCUCCACCUGUGCUGUCUUUGGCCUCGGAGGAGUCGGCCUCUCUGUUGUCAUGGGCUGCAAGGCAGCUGGAGCGUCCCGCAUCAUUGCCAUCGAUAUCAACAAGGACAAGUUUGCCAAGGCCAAAGAGCUGGGAGCCACCGAGUGCAUCAACCCUAAAGACUUCAAGAAGCCCAUUCAUGAAGUGCUGACGGAAAUGACUGGCCAGGGUGUGGACUACUCCUUUGAGGUCAUCGGCCGUAUUGAAACCAUGACUGAGGCCUUGGCCUCUUGCCACUACAACUACGGAGUCAGCGUGAUUGUGGGAGUGCCCCCUGCAGCACAAAAGAUUAGUUUUGACCCCAUGCUUCUCUUCAGUGGUCGCACAUGGAAAGGGUCUGUCUUUGGAGGUUGGAAGAGUAAAGAUGCAGUGCCUAAACUGGUUGCUGAUUACAUGAAGAAAAAGUUUGUUUUGGAUCCAUUAAUAACCCACACCCUUCCUUUAACUAAAAUUAAUGAGGGAUUUGAUCUGCUAAGGACAGGGAAGAGUAUUCGCAGCGUCCUACUAUUGUAGGAUUCUUGAUGGCUUAGCAGCAGUACAAACUUCAUUCUGCUCCAGUACAACUGAUACGAAUCAGACACUGCUGAAAAGCGUCACCACCGCCUUCGCUUAAAAGGAUCAUGCUCAGCAUCCAGACUUCAAGCAAAGCACUUAGAAUGGAAAUAAUCAUUUUUCUUCUCAUCUUUUAUUCUUUAUUACUGCUGUCAAGUUUCUGCAUUGUAAUGCCUAUUUCUCUUAAUAUCCAAAAAUGAUAUUACAGCCUGUGCUCCUGGAACAGGUGUUAUGAAAGGUUUGCUUUCUGAUCAUUAACUGUGAAUACCAAGCAAUUAGGAAGAAACAAGUGACAAGCGACAGUCUGCAAAAGAUCAAACUAAGAAUCUUACAGCUUUUUGUGCAUUUGUAAUCUGGAAACAGGAACAGAAGCUAUUUCUAAUCAACCACCUUACUACAAACCUGUUCCUACAUCUGAUUGCAUAGUAAAAUGGAAAAAAUUCAGCUAAUGUCUAGCCUAAACUGCCACUAGUACAGCUCAGUACCAUUCCAGUGCAUCCUAUCAGCUGCCAAAACAAAUACAGAAUCUUGCUGCUUUCAGCAACCUAGAAGCGUGGACAGAGGCACUUCUAUCUUGGAAAACAUGACCUACGCCAACUUAUCUUUUUAAAGAGAUGAUAGCCACUUCCAGUAGUCCUAAGUACACAAAGGUAGACAAAGGCUGAAAUAAGGGGACAGAGAAAACAGUGUAUAUCAGCUGAACAUGUCCCUGAGCAGCCCAACAGGGUUAAUGAUUUGAAGACCGGUUUACUGAGCGAUUAGACCUAUCAGAAGGAGCUGCCCAAACAUAUAUGCGUCUACUUAACUCAGCUUGCACAGCAAUUAAAACUCAAACAUCAAGGAUUUCUUUAUGUGGCAUUACCUAUGCAGUCAGGUCCAAAGACUUUCUGUGGACAGUAAAAGCAGUUUAAAGUGCAUGCAAAGUCCAUUUUUGCUGCCUAAGUGCCCUGAGGUUUGGGAACACCAAGGGCUCAGGCACCCAACAGCAGCACGGCAGAACUUGAUCAUCAACCUGUAGAUGUUGGGCUGAACCAGCUGGACAGGUAGUGUGUGAGAAUCAACAGCAUGAACUGGAUCGCUGACAUGUUUGUACAAAGGAGGGGGAGCAGGCUUUCAAUUCUAUGUAACUGAUCCCUGUCUGUAAUAAUUCAGCAGAAACAAGAGGGGCAUAAUGUCUCAGUUCUCAGUGGCUUCUAAGAAAACAUCAUCUGUAGAGGCAAAGCUUCUCUGUAUGAGCUAAGAUAAAUCUCAAUCAUGAGCUCAACAGAAGUAAAAAGUUUGAUUAAACCUACCUAGUAGGAAUAGAAAGAAAUUAAUUGGCCAUGAACACACUGAUGUUUGGCUGAAUUGAUAGGGCUGGGGAAUAGGUUGCCCAGCUGUACUUCUACAGCACAGAAGCCACUGUCACAGCUCUUUUCCCUUUGUCCUAUCACUAUCAGGAUGUGUAAAAAGUCAGUCUCCCUCCUAGUAUAAGCACCCUUCAUCUACUAGAAAACUGCAGUGAGGUUUCUCCAGAGCCUUCUCUUCUCCAAGCUAAACAAGCCCAGCACCCUCUCCCUUUCUUCAUAUGAGAUCCAGCAGCUCUGCAUCCCUCCUUUACUAAAGACUCCAUGCUUGGAUGCAGUACUCCAGAUGGGUCCUCACAAGAGCUGAGUAGAGGGAGACAAUCACCUCCAUUGCCCUGCUGGCCACCCUCUUUUGAUGCAGCCCAGGGUACUGUUGGCCUUCUGGGCUGCAAGCACACACUACUGGCUCAAGACCCUUGUGUCCUUCUCAGCAGGGCUCCUCUCAAUGGCCUCUUCUCCCAGUCUGUACACAUAUCUGGGAUUACCCUGACCCCACUGCAACAUCUUAUACUUGACUAUUGCACUUAGGUUCUCAUGGGCCCUCUUUUCAAGUCCGUCCAGGUCCCUCUGGCUGGUGUCCCUUCUUUCUGUUGUAUCAACUGCACCACUCAGCUUAGUCUCAUCAGUCAAUUUGCUGAGGGUGCACUUGAUCUUACAAUCUAGGCCAUUGAUGUUGAAAAGCACCAAUCCCAAGACUGACCCCUUAGGGACAUGACUCAUGACCAGUUUCCAUCUAGACAUAGAGCCACUGACCACAACCCUCUGGCUGUCACCAUCCAACAAAUUCUUUUUUCACCAAAUAGUCCAGCCUCCAAGUCUAUAUCUCUCCAAUUUAGAAAUGAUGAUGUGGUAUGGGACCAUAUCAAAGGCCCUGCAGAAGCCCAGGUAGAUUACAUCAAUUGCCCUUCCUUUAUUAACCACUGCCAUCACUUUAUCAUAGAAGACCACCAGAUUGGUCAGACACAACGUGCCCUUAA